GGUGGGCGUCUUGUCCAACGAAGGCCUGGCGGGUGUGCGUGGCUUUGCGCCUGCAUCGGAGCGGGCGGAGCCCUGCGAUCCGUAGGUGGCUCGCUUGAGCCUGGGGCAGCUGGAAGCGGAGCCGAGCCGUGCGAGGAAGAAGAUACUUACAUUGAUUUUUAUACCAGAGCAGACGGGCCUAAUUUAUCAAAGGUGGCACCAGCAGGGUGCCAAACACAGGAGCAAAACUGGUGCUAGUGCAGAAUGAUGAUGGUAGAUCUGAAGGUGGUUGAGCAUUUGGACCCUCAAAUCAGAACUCUGUGGGAGACUAAGGAGCCUGUGACACAGAGCUCCAAUCAAAGUAAGAAAUCUGCACAGACAGACAGUUUGGAUCCCAAGAGUUCUUGCUGGCAUUUCCGGAACUUUCAUUAUCCCAAAAGAGCUGGACCCCGUGAAGCUGUCAGCCAGCUUCAGGAAUUAUGCCGUCUGUGGUUAAGACCAGAGAUUCACUCAAAGGAGGAAAUCUUGGAAUUGCUGGUGCUAGAGCAGUUCCUGACCAUUCUGCCCAGAGAGAUGCAGGCCUGGAUGCAGAAACACCAUCCACAGAGCGUUGAGGAGGCUGUUGACUUGGUGGAACACUUACAAAGGGAAUCUGGUCAAAGGAGGAAUGGGGUUGAAAUCCAUGAGCUGGGAAAGGAGCCAGUACUUUUGGGAGAAACAGCAGAGGCCCCAGGCUUAAAGGUGAAGCCAGCAGAGUCUCAAUCAGAAGGCAAGUCUCAGGAUGAAGAACUUUGGAAUACAUACCAGGGUAUACAAGAACAUCUGAGCAGGAGUAUUUGUAAAGAAACGGAGUCUGUAUUUGAGAGUGAUGUACCUGCUCAGCAGAGUCUAGCCUUUUCUGAACAGAAAAACACCAAAGACUGGACAUUGGCACCUGAUCUUGUCUUGUCUGAAUCCCAGAGCUUGUUGACAUUUGAAGAAGUAGCCAUGUAUUUUUCCCAGGAAGAAUGGGAGUUAUUGGAUCCCACUCAGAAGGCUCUCUACAAUGAUGUAAUGCAGGAAAACUAUGAGACUGUCAUCUCGCUAGCAUUAUUUGUGCUCCCCAAACCCAAAGUGAUCUCCUGUCUAGAGCAAGGGGAAGAGCCAUGGGUUCAAGGAUCCUCAGAGUUCAAAGACUAUCCCAGAGAGUCUCCUACAGGGUUAAAACAAAAAAAGGACGCUGAAAAUCAUCAGCCUGUAUCUCUUUCUGACUUGGAAAUGCAAGCACCAAGAGAUACAGUAUCAAAAAAGGCCAAAGUGAAAGUUCCCCAGAAAACAAUGGGCAAAGAAAAUCAUGGUGAUACCCACAGAGUAGGAAAAUGGCACCGAGAUUUUCCAGUGAAGAAAAGAAAGAAACUUUCAACAUGGAAACAAGAGCUGCUAAAACUUAUGGACCUUCACAAGAAAGACCGUACAGGAGAAAAGCCUUUUAAAUGCCAGGAAUGUGGGAAAAACUUCAGAGUUAGCUCUGACCUUAUUAAGCACCAAAGAAUUCACACAGAAGAGAAGCCUUAUAAGUGUCAACAGUGUGAUAAGAGGUUUAGAUGGAGUUCAGAUCUUAAUAAGCACUUAACAACACAUCAAGGAAUAAAACCAUAUAAGUGUUCAUGGUGUGGGAAAAGCUUCAGUCAAAAUACAAACCUUCACACACACCAAAGAACUCACACAGGAGAGAAGCCCUUUACAUGUCACGAAUGUGGAAAAAAAUUCAGUCAGAACUCCCACCUCAUUAAACACAGGAGAACCCACACAGGUGAACAGCCUUAUACCUGUGGUAUAUGCAAGAGAAACUUCAGCAGACGGUCAAGCCUUCUUAGACACCAGAAACUCCACCAAUGAAGGGAAGCUUGUCCAGUGUCCUUAUUCUGAGGAAAUUCACCAAAUGGAGUUUGACACUGAAAAAAUGCAAAAUCAUGAAGCAUGAAGAAUUUUUCCUCAUCAGAAAAUUGGGUACAUAUAUCAUAUGAUUCAUAGAAAGAUUGACCCAGCCAUGGAUACAUUAGUUGUACUACUUACUGUUUUUACUUUUAACUGUCAGGGAAUUCCUUAGCAUAAGAGAUGUUCUAAGAGCAUCUGGAUAAGGGAAAGGGCUCUUUUGGGAUUGUACAUGGAAAAUAGCAAUUUCAGCUUUAGAUAGCAGAUGCAGCCAGUUAGUAGUUCACUGUGAUGACAGAAGUAAAUACAGAUGGUUUUGCAUUGAUCUCUCCAGUCACUUCAACAUAGUAGAAACAUUUGUAAUAUAGUCUUCCAAGAUGAAAAACAGUGAACAUUUGUCUAUAUUUAAUUGCAAACCAUUGUCUUCAGGGUAACAGGCUUAACAUUUUCAGUGAUCUUGUGGGGCAGAAAUUAAUUCGAAUGGAAAGUUUUUUCCAGAAGCUAAAUUAGAUUUUUUUCCUUUCUCUUGUCAUUAGACACUGUUCACUAGAGUGGACAUCAUUGGAGUUUCUUGAACUUUUUAGCAACUUAAGCUCUUGAAUCCUUCCUGUUAGCACAAAUUUUACUGUGAUAAAACAAUAUUUACUUCACCACUAGGGAAUCUGCCAGGUGGACUAAUAAUGCACUAUUUAUGCCUCUCA